AUGUCGAAGAUGAAUAAAAUUCCGGAGGAAGAAAAUGAAGAGUCCUUGGAGAGCGAGGCUUUUGUCAGUUGUGAUGAAGAGCACCUUUUUCACCAGCCAAAAGACAAGCGAAAGAAAAUUCUUACAAGCUUUGAACGAGAAAAUCAACAGCUCAAGCGGAGACUCAAUCAGUUUGCCAAGGCGUCGAAGGAAAUCGAGAGCAUCUUAUCAAACAGAAAGAAGAUCGAAAUAAUGCCGAUUGAUUUUGUAAAAGAGAAGAUUCAAGCAACGAGCGCCGGAGCCGGAGCCGGAGAUGACCGUACCGGACAUUCUGACGCCGUCGUGGCAGAGCUUCAGACGAAGUUAUCUAAAGCAGCGCGGAAAGAGAAACGAUACAGGAAUGGGAUCGCAAUUUUAAAUGCUCAGUUCUCUACGUUUGUGGCAAAUUCUUCCGUCUAA